AUGGCGCUCCGCGGCCCCCCGCGGCCGCGCAAAGUUCGCAGGAGACGAGAGAUGCUGUGGCAGCAAGUUGGCUUCGUGUGCGCGAUUUUGGCGCUGGUGUGCUGUGCGUCUGGUCUCUUUGGCAGCUGGGGGCACAAAACAGCUUCUGCUAGCAAACAUGUUUUACCAGACACAUGGAGAAGUAGAAGGCUGAUGGCACCAGUGAAUGGGACUCAGACAGCUAAGAACUGCACAGAUCCGGCGAUUCAUGAGUUCCCCGCAGACCUGUUCUCCAAUAAAGAGCGACAGCACGGAGCCGUCCUGCUACAUAUCCUUGGUGCUCUGUACAUGUUCUACGCCUUGGCCAUAGUGUGCGAUGACUUCUUCGUUCCGUCUCUAGAGAAGAUCUGCGAGAAACUCCAUCUGAGCGAAGAUGUGGCUGGAGCCACCUUCAUGGCUGCGGGAAGCUCGACGCCAGAGCUGUUUGCCUCUGUAAUUGGUGUGUUCAUCACUCACGGAGAUGUCGGGGUCGGGACCAUCGUGGGCUCUGCUGUGUUCAACAUCCUGUGUAUAAUCGGAGUUUGUGGACUGUCCGCAGGGCAGCAGGUCAUCCGUCUGACGUGGUGGGCCGUGUGCCGAGACUCUGUGUACUACACCCUCUCUGUCGUUGUGCUCAUUGCCUUCAUAUAUGACGAAGAAAUUGUGUGGUGGGAAGGCCUGGUGCUCAUCGUCCUGUACGUGUUUUACAUUCUGAUCAUGAAGUACAAUGUGAAGAUGCAGGCCUUUUUCACAGUCAAACAAAAGACCAUUGCAAAUGGCAACACGGUCAGCAGUGAGCUGGAGGAUGGUAAUGAUUACUGUGGUAGUAGCUCUGAUGACCCUUCCAUGCCAUUGCUGGGGCAAGUGAAGGAGGAGCCGCAGUACAGCAAAAACCCAGUGGUGAUGGUGGAUGAGGUCAUGAGCUCCAGCCCUCCCAAGUUCACCUUCCCAGAAGCAGGCUUACGCGUAAUGAUCACCAAUAAGUUUGGGCCCAGGACUCGUCUGCGCAUGGCCAGCAGGAUCAUAAUUAACGAGAGGCAGAGGCUGAUCAACUCGGCAAACGGUGUGAGCAGCAAGCCACUUCAGAACGGGAGGCACGAGAGCAUCGAGAACGGGAACGUUCCUGUGGAAAACCCCGCAGAGCUGCAACAGGAGCGGGAGCAGCCGCCGCCACCCCCAGAGCCAGAGCUGGUCGAGGCCGCUUUCCUGUCCCCCUUCUCCAUGCCCGAGGCAAGAGGGGACAAAGCCAAGUGGGUGUUGACCUGGCCACUCAUCUUCCUUCUGUGCGUCACCAUCCCCAACUGUAGCAAGCCCCGCUGGGAGAAGUUCUUCAUGCUCACCUUCGCCCUUGCCACGCUGUGGAUCGCUGUCUUCUCCUACCUGAUGGUGUGGCUGGUGACUAUUAUGGGAUACACCCUUGGAAUCCCUGAUGUCAUCAUGGGCAUUACUUUCCUUGCAGCAGGCACAAGCGUUCCAGACUGCAUGGCCAGCUUGAUUGUGACGAGACAAGGCCUUGGUGACAUGGCGGUCUCUAACACCAUAGGAAGCAACGUGUUUGACAUCCUCGUGGGACUCGGCGUACCGUGGGGGCUGCAGACCAUGGUUAUUAAUUAUGGAUCCACGGUGAAGAUCAACAGCCGGGGUCUGGUCUACUCCGUGGUGUUGCUGCUGGGCUCCGUCGCUCUCACUGUCCUCGGCAUCCAUCUGAACAAAUGGAGGCUGGACCGGAAGCUGGGGAUCUACGUGCUGGUUCUCUACGCCAUCUUCUUGUGCUUCUCCAUAAUGAUAGAGUUUAACGUCUUUACCUUUGUCAACUUGCCGAUGUGCCGAGAAGACGAUUAAAACGUAGCCACUGCCCCCCCACCCGGGAGCUCUUCUGGACGCUCUGGCGCUGGCGUCCUCCUUCUCCUCCCCUACCCCACCACGAGUCUCUCCUGCAUCGGCAGCCACCGCCUGCUCUUUCAUGCACAGGAAGGAAGAGCCAUCGUGGUCUUUGUGUGGUCACGGGCCAGGCUGCUGGGCCUCCUCCGCCUGGGAGUUCUACCCCCCAAAAGGCAAGAUUCAGGGGGCGCUGUUUGAGCAGCUUCACAGCCCCCUGAGCCACCAGCCAUAGGGACGUGGCAUGUGUCUCCUCUUUUGGACACUUGGAUCACGAGGACUUCUGUGUGCUGGUUGUCCUUCUGUCGCACUGCGGCCUUGGAAAUGAGGCGGGCGGUGAACACAGGGUCUCCUGUGGCAAUGCAGAAUAGGAGUGUUGUUCUCAAGGGUCCCCUCUGGGCCAGAGAGUGUGGGCUCCUUGGGCAGCGUGUGCUACUAAGAGCCUCUGAAUCCUGCCGGAGGCACGGUUUGUUGGGAGUUUGGGGCUGUGACGGCAAGCACUCCAACCCUUUAUUCUGAAAAAAUUGCAAGAAUGGAAACAGUUGUUCACAGCAGAAGAGAGAAAACGAGUGAAUAUUCUUAUCACUUUCAUUGAUGCAUUCAGAGAACAAGCAAUGAAACAUUAAAAAUAAAAUGUUAGCUAUACAUCUUCAUACUUGAAAAAUAUCAUUCCAUACAAAGAACCUUGAUGGGGACCAAAAAGGUAAUGCUUAUGGAAAACAAAUCCUAUGUAUAUCGUGUUGCACUGACACUAAGAUGUUUGGUUUGGAACAUAGAAAAGAGCGGAAGACUAACAUCUAAAUGGGUGCUAACUCAGAGACACGGUGGAGAUGGUAGUUUACAGCCAUUCAUUCCAGACUUCCUGUGGCAUGGGACGCACUGUCAGUUUGGGUUUGUCAUUCCUUGUUAAUGCUCUGCUCUCAAAACCACCCUGUUCAAAGGCCCAAUUGUUUAUAUGCCCAACAAAUUUCAUAGCCUGCUGAACUGGAAUGCGUGUGCCGGAAGUAAUGGUUACUGACAAGAAGAGAGAUUUCCUGAAAAACCACCAGUUGCUCUCUGCUGAGCUGGAGGCGAGUAUGAAAACGGUAACUUGGAAUUUUUUAGAGCUAAGGUUGUUGAACCUUAUAGUUUGC